AUGGACGUGCAAAAAGCGUAUGAUACGGUCAAGUGGAGAGUGCUUGAAGAUAUACCGAGUGAAAUGAAUUUCCCUCCUCAAUUCAUUAGAUGGAUUAUGCUAUGUGUGAGCACAGUUUCUUAUAGGUAUAUGAUAAAUGGGCAAACAAGCAGGAUUUUGAAAGCUAAGCGGGGAAUUCGACAAGGCGACCCUAUAUCUCCACUACUGUUUGUGAUUGUAAUGGAAUACUUGCAUCGAAGCUUGACAAAACUGCAUAAUCAGCCUGAAUUCAAGUAUCACCCCAAAUGUGGAAAAAUGCGAAUUACGAAUAUAUGCUUUGCAGAUGAUUUGAUUAUGUUUGCACGUGGAGAUAAUGCAUCUGUUCAGAGUAUGAUGGAGGAAUUUCAUAGGUUUUCUGAGGCUACUGGUUUAUAUGCAAACCCGACCAAAUGUAAUGUCUACUUUGGUGGAGUCCCAGACACAAUCCAGCAACAGAUACUAGUGACAACCAAGUUUUCUGUAGGGAAGCUCCCGUUCAAAUACUUGGGUGUCCCGCUGGCGAGUAGGAAACUUGCGAUUUAUCAGUAUGAACCAUUAAUUGAUAAGAUCGUGAGUCGAAUUCGGCACUGGGCUGCGAAGCUGCUGAGUUAUGCAGGUAGAUUACAAUUAAUUAAAAGCGUGUUAUUUACCACUACAAAUUACUGGAUGCAAGUCUUUCUGAUCCCGAAAAAAGUUCUCCACAACAUCGAGGCAAUCUGUAGAACAUUUCUUUGGGCUGGGACUGAUAUCAUAAGCAGGAAAUCACCUAUCGCUUGGGACAAAGUUUGUUACACCAAGGCUGCUGGAGGACAGAAUGUUACUUCUUUACUUGAAUGGAAUUUGGCAACCAUUAGCAAAUUGCUUUGGAAUCUUCAAGCUAAAGAGGAUAAGCUAUGGAUAAAAUGGAUGGAUCACUACUAUAUCAAAGGGCAGCAGGUAAUGGAAUGGCAAGUGAAGGCGAAUUGUUCCUGGAUAUUGAGAAAAAUUAUGCAAUGCAGAGAGAGAGUCCAACAAACAGCAUACUGGCCCUUAGCUGUACAGAGCCAGAAGUAUACUACAGCGCGCAUGUAUCGGGAACUCCGAGGACCUCAACUUGAUGUAACCUGGAAACACUUGAUAUACUAUAACUAUGCACGGCCUCGGGCACGGUUCACACUAUGGAUGGCGCUCCUGAAUAGGCUCGCGACUAAGGAUAGGAUUGCGAGGUUUGGAGUUAACACAAAUGGUGAAUGUUGUUGGUGUAAACAAGUGGAAACCCUUGACCACAUUUUCUUUGAAUGCACUACCACAGGCUUUGUCUGGAGUAAUGUUUUAACUUGGCUGGGGUAUAACAGGACACCGGAAUACUGGAGCAGAGAGAAAGAAUGGAUAAGUGAUAAGACAAAAAAGAAAGGGUGGAAAAGCCAGCUCCUGAAGAUAGCGACGACGGAAACGGUCUAUGAGGUUUGGCGAAACCGGAAUGAUAUUACAUUUGGUCACAAUACGACUGGAACUAUAGAGAAUAGAAUUAAGAACAAUAUUGUGACAAGAGGCUCUAUGCAUAGAAAAAUAGGUGAUCAUAUUGAUAUCUAUAGUCUUAGCAUAAUCUAG